CGGGGCGGGACUCAGCAGCCAGGGAGCCGCAAGGGCGGCGAUGGGGUCCCGCGGCGGAAGGAGUCCGCGGCCCCGGGCGGCGAUGCCGGGAUAGCGCAGCCGGUGCCAUGGUGCGGGCAGCGGGCCUAGCGCUCGGGCUCCUCCUCCUGCGGCUGCUGCAGCUUCUCUCGCUUCCCGCCGCCGGCAGCAGCCGGCCCGGCGGCCCCGGCGACCUCGUGUACAUCUCUGAGUAUUUCUCUCAGAGUGCCCAGAAGCUGUCCUUCUACAGCUGGUAUGGGAACGCCAAGCUGUUCCGCUUCCAGGUGCCAGAGGACACGGUUCUGCUGCGCUGGCUCCUGCAGGCGUCCAAGGGAAAAGGACCUGAGUGCACCAGUAUGGACAUCACCAUCCACUUCCGUUAUGGAGCCCCUCCCGUCAUUAACCCACUGGGCACUCAGUUUCCCUCAAACGCGACUGUCCGCCCAUCCUACAACCUGACCAUGACUCUGAGCAUCACCCUGCAGAACAGCACCUUUGUGAACAUCACCACCCCAGCUGCUGGAGACUGGUUCAUCGCUGCUCACCUGCCUCAGGCUGCAGGCAAGAUCGAAGUGAAGGGCUUCUCCACUCCAUGCGCCUAUAUAUUCCAGCCGGACAUGUUUGUGCUGAGACUUGUUGAUAUCCCUGUCCUGGAACCGGACACUCCCCUGCAGCAAACCAUUGCCUCGCCUGCUAGACCACUGCAUGUCAAGGUCUUCAUCCCCGAGUACACUGCCACAAUGCAGUUCACACUGCGGAGCUGUGUGGUGAACAGCACAAAGGCAUGUGCCAUACGGGUCGUGCUGGGCUCCAUCAUGCUGCCGCAGUCCUUCCAGAAAACCCUCAGCUGCAAAGAUACAGUGGAUUGCAGCCUGGUCCUCCAUUCGCCUCCGUGGGAGAAGUGGCUGCAGAUCAUGGCAGAGAAUCUGGGCACCGACAACGCCAGCGUCUCCUUUGAGAUGAUUGCCUCCUUCACAGCUUGCAAGCCGGGGAGCACCAAUUCAUUCCUUAACUUCUACAACAGCCUGAAUCAGAGCCAGAGCACUCCAGCCCUGGGCGGGGGUCCCAAUGCCAGCACCCCGGGAAUGCUGGGGAACACCACUCUACCCGCAGUGGGUGCUGCAAACAAUGCAUCCGACCCAGGGACCUUCUGCCUCCAGAAUCAGCCCGUCAUCCGUGAGGACCUGGAUGUUGCCUCUGUGAGGUUCAGAGUCAUAAAUGGGCCCAGCAUUCCUGUCCACUCUGAAUUCCCCACGCUUCUCCUCUUCAACUUGAAUACUGGCAUGGACAGUGGAGGCACCCUGGUGGUGAACCUGCUGCUGAACGAGAUCUUGUGUGUUUUGUUUCCACAGACAUCCCUAAGCAUAGGCAAUGCUAGUGUGUUCGCGUGCAUGAGUGCUGCCUCUCCAGUGCUGACUCUCAAUACCACACAGAACUGCAGCACAGCUUUUUUCCAGGGCUACCCUCUGAACGUGACCGCGUCCUCCACAGAAGCAACACUGAUUAUUCCCUACCCAGAGACUGACAACUGGUUCCUUUCCCUGCAGCUAAUCUGCCCACAGGGCCAGGGGGAAUGUAAUAAAGCGAAAGCCAAAGUGACUGUCUCUACAUACCUCACCCCCUGCUUUGACGACUGUGGGACAUAUGGACAGUGCAGUCUUCUGAGAAGACAUGGCUACCUCUACGCUGGCUGCAGCUGUAAAGCUGGUUGGAGCGGAUGGAGCUGCACUGAUAACACUAAAGCCCAGUCUGUCAGCUCACAGAAUCUGGCCACCCUUCUGCUCACUCUCAGUAACCUCAUGUUCCUGCCAGCCAUUGCAGUUGCUCUGUAUCGCUACUACCUGGUGGAGGCCUCUGUUUACACCUACACCAUGUUCUUCUCCACGUUCUACCAUGCGUGUGACCAGCCAGGAGUCGCUGUGAUGUGCAUCAUGGAUUACGACACUCUGCAGUACUGCGACUUCCUGGGCUCCGUCGUUGCCAUUUGGGUGACGAUCCUGUGUAUGGCCCGAGUGAAGAAAAUCUUAAAAUACGUUCUCUUUGUGCUGGGGACCCUGUUAAUUGCCAUGUCCCUGCAGCUGGACCGCAGAGGCAUUUGGAACAUGAUGGGCCCCUGUCUUUUUGCUCUCAUCGUCAUGAUCAUGGCAUGGGUUUACCAUGGAGUGAAGCGCCGCCAUUGCUACCCCACCUCAUGGAAGCGCUGGGUUUUCUACCUCAUUCCAGGGAUCACCUUGGCUUUCGUCGCCAUCUUGGUGUAUGCAUUCAUGGAAACCAAUGACAACUACUACUACACGCACAGCAUCUGGCACAUCCUGGUGGCCAGCAGCGUGGCUUUCCUACUCCCGCCUUGUGACAAGCAUAAGAAGCCCUGGGCCUGGUCACAGAAGCUCAUCUGUCGCUAUCAGAUAUGCAAAAAUGACCGUGAGGAGCUCUAUGCGGUGACCUGAGUCGGGCUGGUGUGUGCAGGGUCACAGGCCAGUGGGAUGGAGGGCUUGCUUGGGCCCCUCUUCUCCAGACCAGUGAGAACUGCCACCUCUGCAUGCUCAGAAAUCAGUAAUGCACUUGUUUGCUAGCCAGGGCAGCACAAUGGCAGGAGCAGGUUUGACUGUGCAGAUGCUGGGCCUCUGCCUCCGGGGAAGAUGGUGACAAGGAGUCCCUGCACCCUUCCACGGGAUAGGGAGAGGCUUCUAAUGUUUUUUAUAAAUGAAGGAAUAGCCUGCAUCCACAUGCCACCAAAAAGACGAGAGCUCCAUUCCCUUCCUGCCAUGGCACUGGUCUGGGGCUCACUGUUACCAACCAUAGCAAGGACUCUGGCACCAGAGUGCCUCUCCCAAUGCCAAUUCCUCGCAGAGGGCUCCAAGGUGGUGCCUGGCUUUGUUUCCACCAGGAGUUCCUGUGAUCUCCCCUCGCUUUGCCAUGGUAAGGGCAACUACCCCAACUGUUUAUGAGCUGGAGCUGGUGGCCUCUUUCAGCAAGGCAUGUCUGUCUCAUCUUGGCAUUACUGGGGAGCUGCAGGGGUGCAGUGGGCUGCCCAUCCCAAAGCAAAACUAUGGAAAUAGAGGCACACUGUGCUCACGUGUUCUAGAACUAGCUGCCCCUUUGCCCACCUCCAUGAUACGCUGAAGGGUGCGAGUCCAUCACACCCUGCUUUGUGUUGGGGGAAUAAUGACUGACGUGGAAAUUCUGCCACUGAAACAAGAACCAAACCCCAGAUCAGGCUACUGCUUUCUCUCUUGUUCCUAUCAAGUGUCAGGUCAGCAGCUGCUGGAGUUUGUUUAAAUGCCCUUAGCGGCUAUAGCAGUUCUUGUGAUUGCAGUAGGUAGCUGAGAGAAGGUAGGUGAGUCCUGGAUAGAGGGUCUGUCUUAGGAGGAGGGGGCAGAAUGAGACUGACAUCCCAUGUAUUGGAUAGCUGUGUCUUGCUGAACAUGGUGGGACAAAUUUUCAACCUGGCCUUAACUAGGCCUCCCUUUCCAGAGGUUGAAUUAUUUGCAUCCACAGCUGAGAACAUGCCGAUGUCAAAGUGCACGUACCGGGGCAAAAUUGCAACUGCAACUAUUUGUGUGCAAUUUGUAGCAAGCAAAAGGAAGCCAGUGCCUGAACAUCUGGCCUGGUGGAUGUUCAACGUAUGCAACUUCUGGCUUUUCCCUCAGGGAUGCUGACUAUUUUAUACUUAGAUCUGGUGUGACUAGAGGGUUGUAUAUUUCCUGUAUACAAUAUGGAGUCUGAUUGCUAUUUGACAUCAAGGAUCCUUCCUUCACAAUGAUCAGCUGCAGAGGAAGACAGCGAAGGCUCUGUUUAAACCCUGUGGUUGGGAGAAGGGAAGAGAGUAAGAGCUGUUAAUUAAGGGCACUUUCUCUGGGUAAGAUUAUUUGGCUUUUGAAAAAUAGCCCAGUAUUUUGCCAGCUGCUUACAGCCUCGAGCUUUACCCUUCUGUAGCAACUAAUCCAGCCACCAGCUAACUUAAAGUUCCAACAAACUCUCUUCAGGGGGGCUGGGCUAGAUUUGGUGCAGGUAAAUCUGGGGAAGACCUGCAAGCUGAGUUGACCUGCAUCUUGCUCCUGGAGUAGAAGCAGAGAUGAAAACUUCACAUUGGUUGCCAUAUUUCUUUACAAAUUAAUUUUUUCAAACAGACAUACAGAUGAGCGAAUAACACUCAUUGUACCUAGAUGAAAAAGCCACUAAUGGAAGGAAAAAAAUGGUUAUGGCUAUUGCAGGUUGUUUAGAAAUACUUGUAUCUCUUCACUCCAUGCUACAGGUAAUGUGAAUUUGUAUGGAAGAGGCUGAGUGGUAACACUAAGUGUUGUGGUAGUCCGACUUUUUAGUUUUUCCAAGCAACAUGAAGACAGGAUUUUUAUAUUGAGACAUAAUGUCCCAAAUCCACUGGCCUUUGUUGUUCUGCUAUAGGCUUGGGUGUCUCUUAUUGUUCCUUUCACCUCCUGUAGCAAUGCUCUAGUUAGUAAUUUUGUACCUUGUUGGAGCAGGAUUUCAAACACUCUGGGAUUCCUAUAACUUAAUCACCAGUUUUUAGCGCUUUCUCUUCAGUUGUUACUACUUAGUUGUAAGCUGAGCACUGGCCUUAGAGGAUUGUAGUACAUAGUUUGCAACUCUUUCAUACAUAGAAUGCUGCAUUUGCAGCCAGGAUGCUGCGCAUUAACUAGAUGGAGCAAUAAUACUCUAAUUUAUGCCUUUUUAAUAUAGUUUUCAAUGCUGUGAAGUACAUUGAGCUUUGGGAUGGCUGGGGGGUAAAUACCUGUAAUUAUUUUGCUAGUCUUAUUCCUCUUCAUCCUCAACACUAUGAUUGGAAAGAAUUAUCUUGUAUAGUUUUACUGGGAGAAAUAAAUACUUUGUCAAUUACCUCGGGUAGAAUUUGAGCAGAUGCCAGUAUUUAAAUACUUGAUUUUUUUGCUGUAAUUUUUGUGGUUUAAUUUUAUUUUAUAUAGUGAAUUUUAAAGCUUCUCGUUUUUAUAAUUUAAUAAAUGUAAUUAUACUUGAGAUCGUCCAAUCCGCAAUGGCACUUUCUGGAAUGGGAUUUUAUAUUUGUAUGUCUAAGGCAAGAAAUCAAAUAAAAAGCAAAACCAA